AUGGGUAAAAAUUCAAGAGCAAAAUUACCAUGGGUGCUAUCUACAUGGGUGAUGUCAAGUUACAACCAUCUAACUCCGAUUUACAGCGAGGACAUUAAGAUGUUAUUCGGAUUAAAGAAAUGUGGCGGUAUGGUAAUAAAAGGAGGAAAAGUAGCAAUGACUAAUAAGGUGAAUCUGUCAUCAGGACGUAUAGCAGACAUACAGACUGCCUACAACUACCUUGUUAUCCCACAGUCACAUGGUAACUUCUAUGAGGAAGCAAAGAAGGCAGCAGCAUCUAAGUAUCACCAAAGGGCAAGGCAUAUCAUAGCUCAAUGGGGAAAUCCAUGCCAUAAAUAUCUACUCCCUUCUAUAAGAUGA